AUGUUUUUGACACAAUGUUCAAAUGCAUUGGUUCCCAGAUAUGCAGUCAUACAUAUGCCUGCCAAAUUUCAUGUACAAGUUCGCACUUUGCAGUUUGGCUACCCAGAGCAAUCAAGACACCAAAAACUCGCGCCAAACUCUGAAUGCAAUUCAAAUGGAUUGCUGCCAACGACCGUCAAGUAUGAUGAACUUAAGUCCACUCCCCGUGGUAAUCUUGAGAGAAUAAGUCGGGCUAUAAUCUCAGCUGAUAUAGCACUUGUUUCCAUGAUGCUGGCUGCAUUCUCAAACCCAUUCACAUAG